CACCAGGCCGGGGCCAUAUUAUACUACAGAUGGGAAGGGAAGUGAAAGUAGGGACGCGCCCUGCUGUACUCAGCGCUGGGUUGUGCUGGCAGCGCUUACACUUAGUUUACUCUGUUCAUACCACUGAUUUAGGAACUGUUAUAGGAGGAGGGAUUUACCAUCCACACCCUGCUCUGUAGCAGCCGCCUCCCAUCCACUUCCACUACUUAUACUCCGACCUCUGCUGCUCCGGACAGUUCCUGUACCCAGUAUAUCGGGGACCACUAUCCACUACAGUUGCCAUCUGCCUGAAACGUUGCAGUGUGCCAUUAAGAAGAUACCAUGGCAGCAGUCGGAACUAAGGGCACUAUCAAACCUUGCUCCAACUUCAAUGCAGCCGACGAUGUACAAAAGCUGCGGAAAGCCAUGAAAGGGGCAGGCACAGAUGAAGAUGCCAUUAUUGAUGUGAUUGCAAACAGAACCCUGGCACAGCGCCAGCAAAUCAAUAUCGCUUAUAAGUCCACUGUAGGGAAGGAUUUAGAGGACGACCUAAAAUCUGAGCUCACCGGACACUUUGAACAAGCGGUCGUUGGCCUGAUGACCCCGAUCACUUUGUAUGAUGUGCAUGAACUCAAGAAAGCCAUGAAGGGUGCAGGAACUGAUGAAGGGUGUCUGAUUGAAAUUCUGGCAUCGCGCUCUGCAGAAGAGAUCCGCAACAUCAACGUAACUUACAGAUUAAAAUACAGCAAAUCCCUGGAGGAUGACAUUUGCUCAGACACAUCUUUCAUGUUUCAGAGAGUGCUGGUGUCUUUAGCUGCUGGAGGCCGAGACCAAAGUGAUCGGGUUGAUGAGUCGCUUGCCAAACAGGACGCAAAGGAGCUUUAUGAAGCCGGUGAGAAGAAGUGGGGAACAGAUGAGGUCAAAUUUCUGACCAUUCUUUGCACAAGGAAUAGAAAGCAUUUACUAAAAGUGUUUGAAGAAUAUAAAAAGAUCUCGAAGAAAGACCUGGAGGCCAGCAUAAAAUCUGAGAUGUCUGGCAGCCUUGAAGAUGCUCUCCUGGCUGUCGUAAAGUGUGUGAAGAACAGAUCAGCUUACUUUGCUGAAAGAUUAUAUAAAUCCAUGAAGGGCCUAGGUACAGAUGACAAUACGCUGAUCAGAGUGAUGGUUUCUCGUUGUGAAAUUGACCUGCUGGAAAUUCGCUCCGAAUUCAAGAAGAUGUAUGGGAAGUCCCUGCACUCCUUCAUCAAGGGAGACACUUCCGGAGAUUACAGGAAAUUGCUCUUGAAACUGUGCGGUGGGGAGGACUGAAUGAGCUUCUUGCCCUGAAUAUAUUCUGCAAGCCCAGGAAAUAUCUUUAUUUACAUCUCAUGUAUUUGCCUCUUAUCCUGAAAUCAGUACAAAUAAAUGGUUACCUUUUCACUUGUUUUCAUUAGUAUGUAAAUGAGUGUAUGCCGUCCCGAGCACAGUGGUGGCCCUCAAAAGGAUGUUAAUCUUAAACACUGUAUAAAUAAAAUAACCUUUUCAAUUUUGA